UUUAUAAAACAAAGAAUGGACAUUAGGAACUGCUCAACAGCCGAGUUCCUUCUCUUGGGAAUUACCAGUAAUUCUGUGACAAAAGUGAUUUUAUUUAUCACAUUUCUAAUUGUUUACAUCAUUAUUCUUUCUGCAAAUCUGGGAAUGAUCAUUUUGAUCCGAACGGAAUCCCAGCUCCACACACCCAUGUACUUCUUCCUCAGCCACCUCUCCUUCUCCGACCUCUGCUACUCCACUGCAGUUGGACCCAAGAUGCUGGAGGGCCUCCUGGACAAGAAUAAUUCAAUUCCCUAUGUUGAUUGUGCUCUGCAAUUCUUCAUUUUCUGCAUCUUUACAGAUACUGAGUGUGUGUUGUUGGCAGUGAUGGCCUUUGAUCGGUACAAGGCCAUCAGCAAUCCCUUGACGUAUGCAGUGGACAUGUCCAGCAGGGUGUGUUAUAAGCUUUUGGCUGUGGUUUACCUGAUAGGAAUGGUAGACGCUUUGACACACACAACAUUGACAUUCCGCUUAUGUUUCUGUGACUCACAUGAGAUUAACCAUUUCUUCUGUGAUGUUCCUCCUCUCCUGGUACUUUCCUGCUCAGAUACCCAGGUGAAUGAACUAGUGAUAUUCACCCUUUUUGGGUUUAUUGAACUGAGCACCAUCUCAGGAGUCCUUGUCUCCUAUUGUUACAUCAUCUUAUCAGUCUUGAAGAUCCGCUCUGCUGAAGGCAGGUUCAAAGCUUUCUCCACUUGUACCUCCCACUUGACUGCAGUUGCCAUUUUCCAGGGAACAAUGCUCUUCAUGUAUUUCCGACCAAGUUCAUCCUAUUCUCUAGAUCAAGACAAGAUGACCUCACUGUUUUAUACUCUCGUCAUUCCCAUGCUGAACCCUCUAAUUUAUAGUCUGAGGAAUAAGGAUGUGAAAGCAAGUAUAAAAAGACUGAAAAGUAAAAUUUCAUUUUAA